GGAGCCGUUUGCAGCACCGCUACCGCAUUAAAAGUCGAUUUAAUUAACCCUUAAGGGUCUGUAAAUUGCCAAUUUUCUGGUGGCUGCUUCCCCACAGCUGGAUUGGAGCAUGGAGCCCAUCUCCCUGCCAGAGCCAGGCAUUCCUGCAGGAAACAGCUCAUCUGUGGCACAGGAAAAAUUCCAUGUGCUGCUGGGAGUGACUGGAAGCGUGGCUGCCCUCAAGCUGCCCCUGCUGGUGGCAGAAUUGCUGAAAAUCCCUGGGCUCGAGGUGAAGGUGGUCACUACUGAGAGAGCAAAACAUUUUUACAAUGCCCAGGAGAUUCCUGUGACCCUCUAUGGUGAUGAAGAGGAGUGGCAGCUGUGGAAGGGCCGCUCGGACCCCGUCCUGCACAUUGAGCUCCGGCGUUGGGCUGACCUCAUGGUGGUGGCACCUCUGGAUGCCAACACGCUGGCAAAGGUCGCCAAUGGCAUCUGUGACAACCUGCUGACGUGUGUGAUCCGCGCGUGGGACCUGAGCAAGCCCCUGCUCUUCUGCCCAGCCAUGAACACGGCCAUGUGGGAGCAUCCCAUCACAGCUCGCCACGUGGAGCAGCUCAAGGCCUUUGGCUACACGGAGAUCCCCUGUGUGGUGAAGAAACUGGUGUGUGGAGAUGAAGGCCGAGGUGCCAUGGCAGAAGUGUGGACCAUCGUGGAAAAAGUUAAAAGGAUCCUUGAAGAACGGGAUGUGCCAAGGCAGAGCUGAUGUUUUGGCAUGUAAAUGGCACUGAAAAUUGCUG